AAGGCGUUGGCAGAUGAACAGAUGUUCCUCCGCCUUCUUCUUCUUCUUCUUCUUCAUCCUCCCACUGCCACUGUUCGGCCUCUUCCUGCGUCACUCUUCUUCGGCUCCAGGGCAAUUUCGCCUCUUGAUUGGUACUGAUUCCUUGAUCCAUGACGUGUUCCAGCUCGAACUGUAAGAUUGGGGAGAUGGGUCGACAGUCUUUUCUUCCAAAAGCUGCUAAUUUUCGAUUGUGCAAUGUCUCCGGCUUCACCACCGAGCUGUUGGAGGUUCGUUCUGAGGAUCCCACAUUGCACGUCUUGUUCAUUCCGGGGAACCCGGGUGUAAUUACAUUUUACAAGGAUUUCCUGGAAUCACUCUAUGAGUUGCUUGGAGGAAGUAUGUCUGUGACAGCGGUCGGGCACAUAUCCCAGUCGCAAAAGGAUUGGGAGAAAGGUAGGCUCUUCUCAUUACAGGAGCAGAUUGAUCACAAGGUGGAUUUUAUCAGACAGGAGAUGCAAGACACUGAAGUUCCGAUUAUACUGGUUGGGCACUCGAUCGGUUCAUAUAUAUCUAUCAAGGUGUUUCAGAAGUCUCCCAAGAAGGUUAUUUAUUGCAUUGGCCUAUAUCCAUUUCUGAAAUUGAACCCCGACUCAGUUCAGCAGUCUAUUAUAAAGAAACUGGCCCGGUCAUCAAUCGCCUGUGCUGCAGUUAGUUUCAUUAUGGCAUCCUUGGGAUUCUUGCCUAGCAGGCUUUCUGAGUUUAUUGUAGCAAAAUCAAUUGGGAAAUCAUGGUCUAGGACUGCUAUCGAGGCUACUUGCUCUCACCUUCUGAAGUAUCAUACUAUGCAGAAUGUGCUGUUCAUGGCGAAGACAGAGUUUGAGAAGCUUUCAGAAGAACCAGAAUGGGCAUUUUUGAAGACGAACAGGAGCAAAAUUGCAUUUUUAUUCGGCAUUGAUGAUCAUUGGGGCCCGCUGAAGAUGUUCGAAGAGAUUUCCGGUCAAGUUCCUGAAAUCGCCUUGUCAAUUGAGAGGGAAGGCCACACCCACGCUUUCUGUUGCACAGUGGCAGGGUCCACUUGGGUCGCUCAGCAUGUUGCGAGCUUGAUCAAGGACAAGAUUUUGACUUCUGACUAGCGAGUCCGCAUCUUGAGGAAGGCUCAAUGACGGGUUUGAUCUGGCUCUUCCUUUUGAUCAUUCUCGGUGAUGAUCAAAGUAAAUAAUAAGUGAGACAGUCUUCAUUUUAGAGAAAAAGCUAAGGGUGGAUCUGAUUCCUGGUCAGAAAAGAACAGAAUUAAUGAAGAGUUUCAUAGAUUGGAUUAUCGUUUAUGCAAGCUAUUACUUGAAGAUCAACUCGAACUUGAUGGAACCUCGAGUUCGGGUCUAUUAAGCCUAGACUUGUCUAAUAUAUGUGACUUACGGUUGUCGUGUGAUUGCAGGAUCAGAUCCUCGGCUGGGCUUGCAAUGCUGAAUACGAAGUCAGAGGCAACUUGCAUAUGUAGUAUCCAUGUCAAGUUUCUGUACGAAUGAUCUGUACUACAUAUGGAAUUUAUUGGCAGAAUCAUUUUAUACUGAAAAUAUUAUCCUCUGCACAUUUAAAA